UAGCGUGACAUACUUUCCUCUGUGAUCGCCUGCCUUCCGCCUGGCUUCUGGACACAGCGGAUUAUGCCCACUAACUUUGGCUGCGCACUUCCCAGGAGGCACAACAAAAAGGUUUUCUUUACCAUUUUACACACAGUUUCAACAGAAAAGUGACUUGUAUGACAGCGGAAAUGACUGUGGGCAGGGAUAUGGCUGAGUUUAUUCCUCAGAAGGAGAUUGUGUAUAAUGGCUUGCUGCCUUACUCUGACCGGUUGGACCGGGAGGCCACGGAACUGUUGGCGGAGAUCAAAGCGAACCUGUGCAGAGCUGUCCUCCUCAGAGAGCUGUGGCCCGGGGUCGCUUUCUGGUCCAGGAAACUUUUCUCGUUUCUGAAGCUGUACGGCCGCAGGUUCAGCAAAGAUGACCACAUCCUCUUCAUCAAGCUGCUCUAUGAGUUGGUCACGCUCCCAAACCUGGAGCCACACAUGAUGCAGAGCUAUGCCAGGCUGCUCAUUCAGCUUCUCAAGAAGAAAGAACUUCUAUCACGGGAUGACCUCCAGCUGCCGUGGCGGCCGCUCUAUGAUCUCUACGAGAGGGUUUUCUACUCCAAAACCGAGCACCUUGGGCUCAUCUGGUUCCCUAACAACGUGGACCACAUUUUGAAAGCUUUGAUCAAAAGCUGCAGACUGUAUUUCCCUGCAUCAUCCACCAAAGAGAUGCUGGAUGAGUGGCGCCCCCUGCUGUGUGUGUUUGAUGUGGUCAUGCAGAAGGCCAUCAGCAACAUGGAGCUGUUCCUGCCUACCAUCAUGCCCCCGGAGGAACACAGCCAGGGCUUCCAGUUGUGGUUUGAUGAAUUAAUGAAUCUUUGGAUGUCAUUGCAAAAUCAGCCAAGCUGGGAAGGGCACUUGGUGAACCUGUUUGCUCGCCUUGCCAAUGAUAACAUAGGCUACGUGGACUGGACCCCUUAUAUUCCCACAAUCUUCACCAGGAUCCUACGAAGUCUGAACCUUCCAGUUGGGGUCAGUCAGAUGGUGUCACCUCGGUAUCUUACCAACUCCUAUGACAUUGGAUACAUAGUGUUGUGGGUGACAGCACUUCUGGGUGGACCAGGAAACCCUGCACAGAAAGAGCUGACCUGCCUCUUCAACAGCAUCGCGUCCUUCUACCAUCCAUCCAAUCACGGUCGCUGGCAGUCUCGACUGAUGAGGCUGCUUCAGCGUCUUCCAGCGAGCGUUGUGCGCCGUGUGCACCGGGAACGUCACGCUUCCCCUUGCUGGAUCACACUGGUCCCUGAGCAUCAACAGUUAACAGAUGCGGAUCUGCAGGAGUUCACCCGCAGCCUCACUGGAGCCUCCCUUCUGGCUAUGUUCAGUAAAACUGACAGUACAGAUGCAGCGUACGCUCUUCAGAACCUGGCUCUCCUCACACCAGAGCUUGUCAUACCACCUGUUCUUGAGAAAACCUAUGCAGCAAUGGAGACCCUGACUGAGCCGCACACCCUCACUGCCACCCUCAGCUGCAUGAUUGGGAUGGCUCGCAGUCUUGUUUCCCCUAACAACCAUUACCCAGAGGGCCGUGUGCACGUGCUCCCACUGCUUAUGGGCUCUCUGCCAGGGGUGGACCCCAAUGACUUUAGCAAGUGUAUGAUAACGUUCCAGUUCAUCACCACCUUCACCACUCUGGUGCCUUUAGUGGAUUGUUCGUCUGCUCCCUCCCAGCGCAAUGAUCUCACAGAGAUUGAAAAGGAUCUGUGUUUCGCUUCGGCUGAGUUUGAAGACUUUGUUCUGCAGUUCCUGGACAGGUGCUUUGCUCUGAUAGACAGCAGUACCCUGGAACAGACACGAGAUGAGAUGGAGACGGAUACUCAGACUCAUUUGGAAAGCCUGGUGGAGUUGGGCCUUUCCUCCACUGUGAGCACAAUCUUAACACAGUGCUCGCUGGAGAUAUACAAGGUUGCAUUGCAGAAAGUGUUUAACUUUGCCACCUCAAACAUCUUCGAGACAUGCGUGUCAGGCAGGAUGGUGGCUGACAUGUGCAGAGCUGCAGCAAAGUGUCAUCCUUCCGAGUCUCUCCGACUGUUUGUCCCUCACUGCUGCAGCAUCAUCUCCCACAUUACUGACAGUGAGGAGCUGCAGAGUGAAGAUGAGCUGGAUAAGGAGCUGCUGUGGAAUCUCCAGCUGCUCUCUGAGGUAACCCGUGUGGAUGGCAAACAGAUGUUAAAAUAUCAAGGCGACCUGGAGCGGAUCUUGCGUGUGUGUGUGCGUCUGCGCUGCAAACGGGCGUACACACUCGCCUGCAGUCUUCUGGAGCACACACUCCGAUCGUUUUCCCUCAUCUAUCCCACUGAGUACCGCAGCACCUCUGGCAGCUUUGACACUGACCUCCCUAUUUGGGACUGGGGCAGACCAGGAGAUGUGGCAGCGUUGGGUGUGUGUUGGCAUGUGCCUGGACCGGAGGAGGAAAGCUUUGUUUUCCAUCUUUUGUCCCACCUCCUGCACCCUGAGCUGCAACGAAUCAAGGGCCAUGUCUCUGGAGAGCAGCCAAUGAGCAGAGAGGAGUUGUUGCAGAGUCUCGCUAUUGUGCAGCACUGCCUUCUUGGAGCUGGAAAUCUGCUGCCCCCACUGGAUGGACCACACGCAUCCGACCUGGUUUCCUCCAUGGUGAAUCUUGGGGAGGUCAAGCCGUAUAUAGGUGUUGACUACGAUGCUUCACGGGAGAACUACCGAGAGUCCAUCUGCCAAACCAUGAGACUGCUGCUACAUCACAUCUUAGAGCACUCAGAGGAUGAUACAAAGUCGCUGUUUGUCAUUAUUAAGAUCAUCAGUGACCUCAUGUUUUUCCGAGGCACUCAGAAGAAGGAGUUUGACUCACGCUGGAAAAGCUUCACCCUCGUCAAGAAGUCCAUGGAAAACAGGCUUCUCGGGAAGAAGCAGCACAUUAGAGCUCUACUCAUUGACCGGAUUUUGCUCCAGCAUGAGAUGAGAAAGAUGGUUGUGGAGGGGAGUGAAUAUAAAGUGGUUCAUCAGGAUCUGCUCUGCGAUCUGCUGCUGCUUUCUACCAGCACUUACAGCCAGGGUGCUCUGUACUGCCUUCUGGGUAUGUACAGUGGUAUUCCUAUGGCCAGUGCGAGGGACUGGGAAUGGGUUGGACAGGUGUGGCCCGCUCUGGUCCGCUGCGGCUUAUCACCCACAAUGAGCCUGGAAAAACCCUCAAUCGGUCGUCUGCUUGAUGACAUCACUGACAGGAUCCUUCGCCAGCAUGACACCAUCGGAAUCAACUUCACUGUGUCUGAGGGAUGUGUAGAAGUAGCCUUUCAGAUUGCACAAUCGAAAAAUCCCACACCUUGUUUAGAGGCACCAUCCAAAGAGGAGAUAAAAGAAGGGCUUCAGCGUCAGCGAAUUAGAAAUGUGGUUGCUGCACGGAAAUAUGAAAAGUUAGUCAAUGACCUCUUGGACUGCCUUGAAGACAGAGACUUACCCUGGAAGUUUGAGCACAUGGCCACAGAGUGGCUAUCUCUCUUGUUGAGGGAGGAUCACCCACUUCCCCCUGACGCUGUCCUCUACUUCACACAGAGCCUCGUGCAUGAUUCCAUCAGCGUACGCAAGGUUGCAAUCUCGGCAAUGGCUGGUAUCCUGAAGCAGCUGAAACGACUGAGUAAGAAAGUGGCCGUAAAUCCAUCAGAUAUCAGUGGGAUCGAGGAAACUGAUGGGCUGUGCGUGGGGGAUCGGGAGGGAAAUCGCUGGCUGCAGUACGACAGCAACAACCUACCUCUAACUCAGGAAAAGUGGGACUCAGAGUGUUUUGUGGAGAAGACACACUGGGGAUACUACUCGUGGCCGAGAGAAAUGAUGAUCUAUGCAUCUUCGGAAAAGCCAAAAGAUGACCUGCCAUACGAGGAGAUGAGUGAGGGUGAAAAGAUCAUCUUUGAAUACUUCUCGGACCCAGAAUUUAUUGAUCAGCUGAUCGAGUUUCUCUCUCUGGAGGAUCGGAAAGGAAAGGACAGCUUCAACCCUCGACGUUUUCUCCUCUUCAAGGGGCUCUUUCGUAACUAUGGUGACGCAUUCCUGCCAUUACUACGGCCUCACCUGGAGCAGCUUGCCAGUGACCCCCAUGAGAGCUCCCAGCGCUGUGUGUGUGAGAUUACUGCAGGGUUAAUCAGAGGCAGUAAACACUGGAGCUUCGGCAAGGUGGAAAAGUUAUGGCAGCUUUUGUGCCCUUUGAUCAAGACGGCAUUAACCAACAUCACAGUGGAAACCUACACAGACUGGGGAACCUGCAUCGCUACUGCUUGUGAGGGAAGAGAACCCAGGAAACUCCACUGGCUGUUUGAGUUGCUGAUGGAGAGCCCCCUCAGCGGAGAGGGCAGCUCAUUCAGAGAUGCCAGUUUGCUGUAUGUGCUUCAGGGAGGUCUGGCUCAGCAGCAGUGGAGAGUUUCUGAACUGCUGCACAGGCUGCUAGCCUACCUGGAGCCCAAGCUCACCCAGGUGUAUAAAAAUGUCAGGGAGCGCAUUGGCAGUGUCCUGACCUAUAUCUUCAUGAUAGACGUGGCUCUGCCCCACACCCGGCCCACUACCUCCCCCCAUGUGGCAGAAUUCGUCACACGGGUCCUAGAGCGACUCAAGCCCCUCACAACGGAGCCGGAGAUCCACAACCACGUACACGAGGAGAACACCCAGGAGACAGAUGAGCGCACCCAGGCUGUCAAACUACUCAAGACGGUCUUAAAAUGGCUGAUGACGAGUGCAGGGCGAACCUUUACCACUCCUGUUCAACAGCAGCUACAGCUCCUGCCUCUACUCUUCAAGAUUGCCCCGGUGGAGAUUGAUGAGAGCUAUGAUGAGAUGAAGCAGGAUGCACGCACGUGUCUCUCUCUCAUGUCCCAGGGCCUGCUGUAUCCUGAGCACAUCCCUCUGGUUUUGGCUGCACUGGAAGAGAUGGCAGGCAGCAGGUCAUGGCAUGCACGCUUCUCAGUGCUGACCUACCUCCAGAUCAUGGUUUUCUACAAUUUGUUUACUCUGCUCAGUGUGCCCGCUGAGGUUCUCCGCAUUCGAAAACUGGUGAUGCAGCUGCUGCUAGAUGAGCAGCUUGAGGUGAGGGACAUGGCAUGCACCACCCUCAGUGGUUUACUGCAGUGCCAGUUCUUCCCUCUGGACUCCAGUUUGCAGACACAGCUCCAGACGCUGAGUCAGACUUGCCUCCCCAAGGCCCGGGGGGAGCUGGCCUCUACAGAUUUAGUGCGGCGCCAUGCUGGAGUGCUCGGCCUCAGUGCGUGCAUCCUGUCGAGCCCCUAUGAUGUCCCAGACUGGAUGCCUCAGAUAUUGAUGGACCUGAGCAGCCAUCUCAAUGACCCACAGCCUAUAGAGAUGACGGUGAAGAAGACCUUGUCAGAAUUUCGGCGUACUCACCACGAUAACUGGCAGGAGCAUCGACAGUGCUUCACUGACGAUCAGCUGCUCGUGCUCACAGACCUGCUGGUGUCACCCUGUUAUUACGCCUAGACAGCAAUUUCCUGCCUUCCCAGGUCUUCGUAACCCAUGUAGGACCACUACCAGAGAAAUUAAUUACACAACGGCUGGGAACUCCAGUCUUGUGCAGCCUGUAAAAUAAUAUCUGAUAAUGCUAGCAGGGCGCUCUCCCUCUGGAACCUCACUUGCCACCGUUGGCCUUCACUAAACCCAGCAAGUAAGCAAUCCUGGGCAAAAUGGUUUCAAAUUUUUAACUAGCAUGGUAUUUUUAGUCAAAGGUGGCCACUUUAGAGGGAAAGGUUUGGUUUAUAUUGAGAAAGUCUUUUUAUUGCUAAUCAUCAUUGUUCCGGUAUGUACUUUUAAAAGAGUUCUAACUUGUGCACGUUAUUAAAUACAAGGAAGACAUUUCUUCAUGAUAAUGUUCAUGUGUGAAAUUAUAAUAAUAAUAUAUAUAAAUGUAUGCAAUAUAUUCAGAAAAUAUUUGUGAAAUUGUAAUAUAAAAAUUAUCGUUGUUGUAUUUCUACAGCUAUAUUGUAAUACAACACUUAUAAAGCUAUUUUAAAGCACUCAUGAUAUAUAAUACCUCAUAUUGAC